AUGAGAGAGGCUAGGGCUGGCACCGUCUUGCCUGGUAAGAGCCCGCAACUGCUGCUGCUCUUGCCCUGUUCUGCUUUGUUCUGCUCUCUGUUUAAUGGCUGUUCUUGGUGCCUUGCUGCCCGCCAGGGUUACUACCAUCGAUUUGGAGUUGCCAUAAAAGUGGCUGUUUCAUUUUUAGUAUUCAUCCUUCUGUGGUUGGAGUUGCUGCGAGUUGGAGCCACUGGAAGAGUGUUGCUGUUGCCGGAACCACCACCGGGACUGCCGCUUCAUGGUUCAGUCACUUCUUAUUUGCGAGUUGAUGUGGUUACUGCAAAAGUGAGCAAGGCUGUGGUUCAAGCUGCCGGUGAUUUCGGGAUGAGACGGAAAGGACUCUGUGAGGCGUUUGGGUUAUGGAAUUGCGUUUUGAGGUAGGGGCGCUUUCCAAAAACUAUAUUUCUAUAUGUUGGAAUUAUUUUGGAAAGAGAAUGUCGAGAGUGGCUUUGUUUUAAAAAGGGAACUCACUUUGAGUAAAUUUGGCUUAUGAGCCUGAGAUGAUUUGAGAAAUGAGAUCUUUAAAGCCAAGGCUAAAAAGAGUUGAAAUUUUAUUUCAAAGUGA